UACCACAACUGAGUCGUUGGACGCGUAAAAAUUUAAUGGAGGGCUUCCAAGCGCCUUAAAAAGAUGGGGGAAGGUUUGCAAGCUGGUAUGUUACUUAUUGUAGAUUAUCCUAUAAACGAAGGUUAAAGACUUUCAGAAAAAGCAACAAGAAGGAUGCCCAAGAAGCAACUCGCAUUUAAGACCGUAUUUGAUAAGUCUUGACAAAUGCUUGUUUCUACAAAUCAACUGCCAAUGCUCUUAGAAGCAGGUAGUCUGCCGAGAUUGAACUUACGAACCUCUACAAAGUUAAAAUAUUUUUUUGUUUUUUUGACAGCACGAGGUGAAGUAAGCCGGAGGGCAUUCCAGACAAAGACAAAAUAAUUAAUACCAUUGGUUGCUUUUAUCGACAUUUGCAUCCUGUGGGAACGUUGACAGGUUUCAAAUGUCGUCUUUCAAUUUUUAGCGUGACUACAAGUAUGAGAGAAAUCCUGCUAAUUGCUGUCUGAUAUUUCGACUGUUCGUCGACAAACUGCUGUCGCUAGUAGCGAAUUGUCGACAGGCCUGUACCGGACAGAGCUUAGAAACGAGAUUUUCCGGUGGUAAAUACUCGAUACUAUAAACUCAAACCAAGCUUUGUUUCAUAACGAUGUCUCUGAGCUGUUUGGGUUGUAAUUUAAAAUACAUUUUCGUGGCGGUUCUUUUUGUUUCCUUUACGACCUUGAUGUUUUUGACUUUCAAGGGGGUCAUGCUGCGAAGCACCGUCGUUCCUAUUCGUCGCAACACUGUCGCCGUUUUAAACAGGACAAACCCGAGCAAAACCGGGUGGCGCGAACACAAAUUUGACAUGCGAGGAAAUGAUGUUAUGGUUUUCUUGCAUAUUCAGAAAACUGGAGGAACCAUUUUUGGUAAUCACCUCAUCAAAGACUUAGAUAUAGAAAGGCCAUGUGCUUGUACAAAGGAGUCACGCCGUUUGCCAAAGAAAGGAUGGUCGCGAGUAUGCCAUUGUUUUCGACCAGAUUCUAGCCGCAUUUGGUUGUUUUCUCGAUUUCAUUUGGGCUGGCCGUGUGGACUCCACGCUGACUGGACCGAGCACAAAGAGUGUGUUCCAAAAUAUAUGAACAAACGCGAAGGCCGCAAUAAGUUGAGGAAGUUUAUCUAUAUAACGAUCUUAAGGGAACCAGUUUCGAGAUUCGUAAGUGAAUUUUACUUCGUCUUGAGAAAGGGUGAUAUGUGGAGAGGGGCAACCCUUCGAUGUAAUGGGCGAUCCCCAACCAAAGAAGAACUUCCCCCGUGUUUCGAGAGGGAAAACCUGAGUGAUAUUACGUUCGAAGAAUUUAUAGGCUGCCCGUGGAAUCUUGCUUUCAAUCGUCAAACACGAAUGCUGGCCGAUUUACGACGGGUGAAUUGUUACAACACAACAGGAAUUUCAACAGAAAAACGAGGAAAAGUUAUGUUAGAAAGUGCCAUGCGUAAUUUGCGGGAAAUGGCAUUCUUUGGCUUAACAGAGUAUCAGGAGGAAAGUCAAUACUUGUUCGAGAAAACAUUUGGAUUAAAAUUCCACGAUCCGUUUACGCAGUUCAACCUAAGCGAGACAACCGCCGGGACUAAAACACCCAAAUUCAACAGCUCUAUGUUAAGUCAGAUAAAAGCUUUGAACUCACUCGAUUUAAAACUUUACGAGUUCGCCAGAGACUUGUUUUUCAAACGUUCAAAACGUUUUAGAAAGACGGAUAGAAUCAGCAUGAAAAAGAGAUUAUCUUGA